AUGGCAACAGCAACAGCAGCAGCCGCUUCAACCAACGACGUCAAAUACCUGGUCUUGCUAUUGCUCAUUGUACAGAACAGUGCUUUGAAUCUCGUCAUGCGCUACACUCGAGCAAGUGUCCCCAGCGAUCAGCAAUACCUCGCAUCCACUGCCGUCUUUAUGAAUGAAUGUGUCAAGCUGGUCGUGUGUUUCGGUGCAUUGUAUACAAUGACAUGUCGGCGGUCCUUUUCUCGGCUGGUGAAGCUCCUGCACCAUGAAUUUAUUACACAGUGGCCUUUUGCCGUAAAGACGGCCGUCCCUGCCAUCAUCUACCUGAUACAGAACAAUCUUCAAUAUGUGGCUGCUACGCACUUGGAUGUUGCUACGUUUGCCGUCUUGUAUCAACUCAAACUACUUACCACUGCAUUCUUCAGCCGUAUCGUACUCAACAAGACUUUAUCACAAAUCAAAUGGGCGGCCCUGGGUUUGCUGACUAUUGGCAUCGCGCUGGUCGUUUUGCCAAAAGAAGAAGUCGUUGAAGAAGCAUCAUCAUCAUCUGCCACUGAAUCGAUCGGCAAUCAAUCCAGUGUACAAGGCUAUGUGGCCGUCCUAGUGGCAUGUGUCCUUUCAGGUUUAGCAGCCGUCUAUACCGAAAAGAUCCUCAAAGGAGGUUCACCCACACCAGCAGCAGCACAACGAUUACCUUUGGAUGUGGGAGGUGACAAAAAGGAUGGUAAUGAUAUGAGCGUAUGGUGGAUCAAUAGCACACGUCUCGCGGCUUUUUCGGUGGUGUUGGGCGUUGCUACCUUGAUUCAAGAUGUUCCCACCAUCAUGGAAAAAGGGUUCUUUGUACAUUAUACGCCAAUGACAUGGUGUGUCAUUUUGAUCCAAGCGAUUGGUGGUCUUAUUGUGGGUCUCGUAGUCAAAUUUGCUGAUUCGAUUCUCAAGGGAUUUGCUACCAGCUUCAGUAUCAUCCUCUCAAGUUUGGUGAGCGUAUGGCUCUUUGGAUUUACCAUCACUGGCACGUUUAUCAUUGGCACUGGAUUUGUGAUUUAUGCAACCUACUUGUAUGGAUUAUAA